AGUCACCGUCUUGCAUGAUUCGCGAACACACCUGUUGUUAAGUACUCUCUGCCGACAGAGGUGUCAGUGUUCCUUCUGAAUUCUAGUGGACAUUUGAUCGACAUCCUUAAGAAAGUUCCACUGUAUCCUCCACGCUUCCUUGGAGAUUUCCUUGGAAAAAAGCAUUUUCCCACGGAUUUCAUUUUUCGCGAUUUCCUUGCGAUUUUUUCGCCGUGAAGUAUUGAGAAAAAGAGUGUGCAAUCAAAUGGUAAAAACCAAGAUCCACAGACGUGGUAAUUUCUGUGAUGUAAUCGAAAGUGUGUUAAUUCUCCGAAAGUGACGACGAAUCAUCACUAUUUGAAUACAAGUUUUUUUCUUUGCCUUUCCUUCACUACAUGCGUUCCCACUGCGAAAAUUCCCGCCAAAAUUUCUUACAGCACCGUGAUAAGUGCUUUUUAACUCACUUGGAUUAUUAGAAGAAAAACCGUAAGAAAUGAAAGUAAUCAACGCAAGUUUAUGUUGUGAUGCUGAAAAAAAGAAUGCACCGUGGAAAUUCCACAAAAGCGAUGACUAAGUGAAUAUCAUUGACUAAAAUUUAAAUUUAAACCACCCAAAAAAAACAUCAAAAAAUUGAUGACUAAAAUCAAUAAAUACUGAGAAACCAAGUGAGAUUUUCGGGAAUUGAUCAGAGAUUCAAUCACCUCCGAAGGUGUUUCCCCAGAAACUCCAAAAUCCGCGAGUGUAGUGCUCACAAUCUUGAAGAUCAAUCAGUGAUUAAAACGGAAGUGACUGGUGAAAAGCAGAAAAUAAAAGAUUUUUCUUGUGGCCAAGCAUUGUGAAUCCAACUGCCAAAAUAGCUCCACUAAAUUCCACGCGGAUGCAUCUGCCAGCGUCGGGGGCAACGGCAGUGCAGCAGGCAGGGGGCGGAGGGGCUAAUUGUGGCAACGGCGGCGGUUUGGACGCCAGCACCGCAAGUGAUUGGGGUGAUCACAAGGGGGGUAUGCUGGAACCCCCCGGCACGAGUUGCAGUGGUUCACCGCCAGGAUCACAAGAUCUCUGGUGGACAGAACGGCUUGUCUUCGAAGCCCAACAGGAAUAUCCUGGUGAAUUGGUUCGAACGGGAAGUCCAUAUUUCCUCUGUUCAGCCCUUCCGACCCAUUGGCGCUCCAAUAAAACCCUCCCGAUCGCCUUCAAGGUGGUCGCCCUUGUGGACGUCGGUGAUGGAACAAUGGUGACGGUUAGGGCUGGAAAUGAUGAGAACUACUGUGCAGAACUGAGAAAUUGCUCGGCCGUGAUGAAAAACCAAGUUGCCAAAUUCAAUGAUCUUCGAUUUGUGGGCAGAAGUGGUCGAGGAAAGAGUUUUACCCUGACGAUAACAGUGUCCACAACUCCACCCCAAGUAACAACAUACAGUAAAGCAAUUAAAGUGACAGUAGAUGGACCCCGGGAGCCACGUUCGAAAACUAGUCCAACUGGUGGUCAUCAAUAUCGUGCUCUGGGUCUCGGUCAGAGGCCAUUUCUCGAUGCUCCAUUUACGGGUCACCUGAGAGAAUUGGAACCGUAUAGACGGAAAGUGCCAACAUCCUCAGCCAAUCAAUUGCCUUCAGCACCUACAGCAGCAUCAAUGGGACCGUCUGGGAGUCACUCAUCAUCCUCCUCAAACGGAUUACCCUCAUCUUCGUCCACAAUUGACUGCCAAGACCACUAUAAACCAAAUGCACCACAAAUACACGAGAGCAACUUAAUAGGGGCAGCUGAAUGGGCUGGAUACACAGCGAGUCCCACAUGUUCCACCUACUCGCCAUACCCUGCUCCAGCUUCUUAUGGCUACGAAACCCCAACACCUAUUGAUCAUACAAAUCUUCACCUGCCAACAGUUCUUACGGAUCAAUCGCCGUUUUGUGCCACAGAAUACCACCAUUCAUCCCCAAGCCAGUCCCAUCAUCUGGCCAGUGCAAGUGCCCCAAGUCACCAUCCCCAAGCCACUUGUCACGUCAGCACCUUCAAUUCCAGCAGCAGUGCCCUGGCAAAAGUAACCCCCGAUCUCGAUCCCAUGAACUCCUAUGCGUCCAGUUACAACACCAACUGGUCCAAUGGUUACAACAACUAUCAGUACAGUACAUGUCCUCCUCCACCUCCCCCACCACCCCCCGCACCACCUCACCCUUCCUCCGUUCAGCAUCAAUAUCCUCCCAGCCAUGGAGCUCCCACAAUGCUCCUCUAUCCCCAGCUCUAUUCCACAGUCAAUCAGAAUCAGAUCCACCUGCACCUUCAUGGCGGUGCAGACAAGAUAGAGCAGUACCUAAGCCCUGAAAAUUCCCUCACAAUCAGUUCAAUUGGACAGAGAGGGAUUGAGAUUGAGAUUGGGGGUACAGAAGCCCCAACGGCAGCAGCCCUAAUGGCCACGGAGGAUCAGGAGAGCCAUCCCAAUGAAGACUCAACACAGCACACAAGGGACGCAGCUGUGGGAGAUCCCAAUAGCGUCUGGCGUCCGUACUGAAGACAAGUGUCACACUAAAAUGUGAUUUUAGUGGAUGAAAGUUAAUUUCUUUUAGCUAAAUUAAAUGCAUCACUAGAACAUUGUGAAAAAAAUUAAUCUCAAGGAGAUAAAAUUGUCAAAAGCCUUUCUUUAGUUAACAUUAGAUUAAUGAGAGUAUGUUGAGUCUGUAUCUUUUCACAAAUGAUUCUCGAUAGGAGAGAUCUUUCUAUAUCCUUCGUCGUCCAUAUUUUCUUGUUCGAUCAUAAACGGUUAUUUCGAAAUAUGAGGUUAUAAGUGACAUAAUCUCAAAGAAACAUUAUAGUAAAAAGCCCGAAAACUCAAAUGAAAUAAUUAAAAAAUCUUAAAUUUGAUAAAUCGAUUUCAAGAAUAAAGCCUUUGAGCCUUACCUUUUCACUUAUCCAAAAGCUAGUUUGAGAAUGUGAGGUUAAGUUUGAACUUAACCUAGAAAUGUUAUAAAUUUUAGGAGAGAAAGACUCUCACAUUUCUCAUCAUAUUGCAAUUUUAUCACUCAAAUUAGGUUACCGUUACUUUCGAUAACCCAUUAAUAAAAUCGUAUUUCAAAAUGCACCAUUUAAUCAUUUUUCAAAGGUUAUGUUUCUCGUUUAGUUAUCUUUAAAGGUUUUCACAUAUUGGGAGCAAUUUUCGUCAACAAUUGCUUUCUUGAAGAAAAUUACCUGCAGUGCUAUAGGUGCAAACGUCAAAAUUCUGUCAAAAAUGCAAUUUUUGACGAACCGAUAUUUUUUUUCGAUUUUUGUUGUAGAAUUAGAAAAAAAAAGUUUUUUAGAAGAUUAAAAAGGCAUAAUUAAAGAAUUUCAUGCUAUUAUAUUUCAUUUAUUAAACAAAAACAUCACAGGAUAGUUGAUUUUCAUUGCUGAACACACAUGCAUACAUAACCUCAAAAUUAUUUUAUAUGUAACUAUCGAGAACUCGUCCGGUUUAUGCCAAUCCGGAUUAGAGAGCGGGCACUGUGCAUUCAAGAUUUUUUUUAUGGGGGCACCAUGUGUCAUACUACGGACAUACUGAAUGGCCCGCCGUUAGUGAAGACGGAUACUCGAGAUACUUCGAAAUUCGAACAAGAAGUAUUUCAGCCACCACACGGAUGAAAUUAGAAAUAAGCGUCUUUUCUUCGAAUUUCAAAACCGAUCUUCGAAUUCUUAAAACUCCAGUUGCGAAUGAAGAAAAUUUUCCAGGCCCUCAAAUGUCAAAAAAUGGUAAUAAAAUUACAUAAUAAAAUCGAAAACAGUGCGAAAUUAAAAAAAAAAUACCUAUUUAAGUGUGAUUUUAAAUUAUUUCUAUUAAGACUAUCGUUGCUUUUAAUUUUCCCCACAACAAAGUAUAAGGACUGAGACUGUUGAACAAGUUGAACACAAGAAACACUUCAGCUACCACGCGGACGAAACGAUAAGUAAAAGGAGUGGCAAAGCGUCCGAGGCUUUGCGAGCUGCUCGAACUCCCUAGAAGGAGCUCUGCCUUAUAUUCCUUUUCACAAAUUUUUCUGAUGCAUAUACAAUUAUUUUGGAAUUAAAUUUGUCUAUAAAUCACCUCAAAACCAGCUUGAAGUUAAAAAUUGUUCAAAGGUUUCAAAAAGUCAUUAACCUUUUAAUUAAUAAAUUGACCAAAUCGGGUGAAAUUAUGCUUUUGAACUUGAAUAACUCAAGAUGGAGAUUUUUCCGGUGAUAAGUGUCUAAGGACGAAAUGUUCAGCUGGAUUGCCUCCAAAACAUAUCCAAAAAUGAAGGAAAUCGCCAGGGCCAAUUUUUUGCAAAGUCAAAAAACAUGUUUUUGGAGGGGUUAAAAGAGGUGGGGAGUAAUUUAAGUAAGUUAGUUUGAUAGAGAAUGUUGACUUGUGGGGGGGGGGGUCACCGGAGACCGGAAGUCAAUAUCUCUUACCGUUUGGCAACCAGGAUGGAGAAAAGUUGAAAAAAACACUAUUGUUAAAACUGCUCUCUCUUGGAGUUCGAGCAGUUAAAAUAUCUUUUCUCUAGUUUUCGAAACAAAUAUUCGAAUAUAUCUUUUUUGGAAAACUCGACUGUGAGGGCUUAGUCGUAUUUUCAUCAGAAAAUUGUUUUCUAUUUCUAAACGUAAAUUCAUAUUUAUUGAGGAAGAAGUAGAUAUUUUCAGAACAAUGUAUCAAAAAUUGCGUAUAAUAUGGACGACUUUUAGGUUGAUCAGAAAGAUUUUCUCCAAUCAGACAUUUUCAUUUCCCGCCAUUACAAUAUCUCACUCUUUCCCUCUCAUAAAAAGUGUAAAGAAAAAAAUCUCUUAUUUAAAAUAAAAGAAAAUGACUAGAAUAAUAUUAGAAAUCUCUCACUCAACUCAAUGGCAUACACGCAUUUAAAGGAAAACGCUAAAAAUCUCUAGCAACUUUAUUCCGACAUCCAUUUGAAAUGAUUAUUUUGUGAAUUUGAGUGAGUGGAGAAGCCAAGGAGAGACUCUGUUGAUUUAUUAAUGAAAUUUGUAUAAUGAAAGUAAAUGAAAAUAAAUAAUAUUGUGCAUA